GCAGCGUCGACGCCGAUGGCCAGCCAUAUGGUGCGACGCCGCCAUCAAAAAACUUUCCGCUUCGCCAUCUGUUCCAAAUUAUAUUUUUUCUGCAUAAUUGUCUUCGUGUGCAAUUUCUGAAAUAUUUUAAAAUAAAUAUUUUAAAACUAUAUUGAAGCCCAGCAACGUCAAAACAUCCAAUAAGAAGCGAAAGCGCCGCCAGCAGCCAAGAACUAUGAAUCCAGGGGAGAUAACAACGACUGAAAUUAACACAGAAAUCAAAUUAGAAGUCAAAGUGGAAACGGAACAAAUUGUAAAAGUGGAAACCAUUAAGAACCAACCAACAAAUCCUGCUCCAUGCACACAAAAUCAGCCACCAGCAGCCAUAUCACAACACAACAGUGAAAAAUCUAGGGAAGAAAUAAAGGCCGAACGCGAAGCUAAAAAGUUAGCCAAACAAGCGAAAAAGACCAAGAGUAAUCCAUCGGGUGAUUCAAGUACCACACCUGCUGCUGCCAACACCAAAAUUGUCGCCGCUGUGAACGACACUGCGAAAGUGAACGAGAACUCCAAUAACAUGGAAGGAGUUGAUGGAGAAAAAUCACGCGAACAAAUAAAAGCUGAACGCGAAGCCAAAAAAUUGGCUAAACAAGCAGCAAAGGCUGCUAAAGCCGGUGGUGGUACAAACGCCGCUGUUGAGAAUGUUACCGGACAAAUGGCUCAGGUGAAAAUAGCUGAUAAGGCAACAGAGAAGGCGGCAGCACCAUCUGGCUCUACAGCUGAUGAGGAGAAGAAAAAGCCCGCUCUAACUAAAGCCGAACGUAGAGCCAUACAAGAAGCCCAAAGAGCAGCGAAGGCACAAGCUCUAGCACAAAAAUCAGCUGCGGCAUCGAAAAGUAAAUCACCAGCUAAGCCUGCAGCAGCUGCUACAAAACCAGCAGCCAAAACAUUAUCCGUACCAGAGAAGUCGUCACCAACCAAAGUCGCUGGCGGUAGUCCUAAACGGGCCACAAGUACAUCUCCCGUAAAAAGUGUGCGUUUUAACGAUGGCAACGUUAAACUGUUCAGUCAUCUUGAAAGACCCACUACAAAUGUAAAUUUAUUCGUCAAUAAUCCACAAAUUCAUCCCAGCAUAGCCAGGCUGGGAGAGCAGUAUGCCAAACGAGCCAUAGUGGGUUCAAAUGCCAGGUGUCUGGCUUUUCUUAAUGCCGUUAAAAUGGUUAUUCAAGAUUUUGAAACACCACCCAAAAAGGAGUUCUCCCGUAGUUUGGAAGCCCUACUUAGCACAUCCGUCGAAUAUUUGCAAAAAUGUCGCACUUUGGCAGUGUCUGUUAUCAAUGCCCAUAAAAAUUUGAAACAGGUUAUAAUGCAGUUGUCUAACGAUGAACCAGAAUCAGAGUUGAAGGAGAAACUUUUUAAUUUCAUCGAUACUUAUAUUGAAAAUCAAAUUGGCAAGGCUGCUCAGGCCAUAAACUCGAUGAUGCAAAAGAAAAUAAACAAUGGCGAUGUUAUAUUAACAUUUGGAUGCUCAUCAUUAAUUUCCUUUAUCUGCGAAGAGGCUCAAGCCCGUAAUAUCGAUUUCCGUGUCAUUGUCGUCGACUCCAGACCCUUCUGUGAAGGUCAAGAACUAUUGCGUCGUCUAACGGCCAAAGAAAUUCCCUGCACUUAUGUUUUAAUCAAUGCCGUCAGUUUUGUUAUGCCUGAAGUGACAAAGGUGCUCUUGGGUGCCCAUGCCUUAUUAGCCAAUGGUUAUGUUAUGGCUCGCACUGGUACAGCACAAGUAGCUUUAGUUGCCCGUUCCUUUAACGUCCCCGUCUUGGUAUGCUGUGAAACGCAUAAAUUCAGUGAACGCUUCCAGACUGAUGCCAUAGUCUAUAAUGAAUUGGGCAAUCCCGAUGAUAUUGUUGUUGAUGACAAAUGUUGUUUAUCGAAUUGGCAGGCCAAGCAUAAAAUGUCUCCGCUUAAUUUAAAUUACGAUAUAACUCCACCCGAAUUAGUAACAGCUGUGGUCACAGAAGUUUCGGUGCUGCCAUGUACAAGUGUUCCAGUCAUAUUGCGUAUGAAACCGGACUGGUCUACUGUCUAAGAGAAAAUACCGCGGCGCACAUGGUUACUAAUUUAUUUGUAUUGAGGUAGAGGACUUCAUAUGAAUUUUGGUGGUUAAAUGCAAAUAGAUAUCCCUUAGGAGUUGUUAUAAGCUAAGCUCCCUUUUGUUAAUCUGUAUUUUUUUAUAUAUGUACGUAAAAAAUAAAAAAAAAUAUGAAAAAUUAUAUUUUAAUGAUCAUCAACACUGCCACGAUAACCCCGAUUAAACCAAUAAAUUCGUAUGGUAAAAAAAUACAUUAGAUCGAAAAGACUUAAAACGCUGAUACCCAAGAAUGCGGACAUAAUAUUGUAUAGGCUUACUGUAAGUACAAAUACAAAUAAUAUUUAUUGAAUUCAAUAAAAAAUAAAGAUUUUUUUACUUACCCGCAUA